GGCAGGGACUUAUAACAAUCAACACCAGCAGCGGCGGGCUGUGGAUGUCACACGUGAAAACGGAUGGGAACCACAUUGAUUGGGUAACCAGACGAAUCGCAACACCGGACUACUCCUCACCUGAUAGAGCGGCGCAGACACGCAGUGAAACGUCAUCGCAGGAGUAAACAUGAGCUGGCAGGGAAAGAAGGUGAUCCUGGUCGUGGUGGAUAUUCUCUCCGUCUUUGUGGCGGCGCUGCCGUCAGCCAUCCUGACACUGACCUUCAAGCCUUUCCAGAGAGGAAUCGACUGCGAUGACAAGAGCAUCGCAUUACCAUAUCGAAAGGACACCAUAUCCCAUGGGACCAUGGCUGCAGUCACCAUCUCCAGCUCCAUUAUCAUAAUCACGUCUGGAGAAGCUUAUCUGGUUCACACCAAACGGCUCCACUCCAACUCCCACUUUAACCAGUACCUGUCCGCUCUCUACAAAGUGGUAGGCACCUACCUGUUUGGAGCGGCUGUCAGUCAGUCCCUGACCGACCUGGCCAAGUUCACCAUCGGUCGUCCACGCCCGAACUUUUUAGCCGUGUGCAAACCAGACAGCUGUAAUGGUUACAUGUUAAAUAUCAGCUGUACGGGGAAUCCUCGCGACGUGACGGAAUCCAGGCUGUCCUUCUACUCCGGCCACUCGUCAUUCGGGAUGUACUGUAUGCUCUUUUUGGCGCUCUACAUCCAGGCUCGGAUGCGAGGGAAGUGGACACGACUUGUUAGACCGACCAUCCAGUUCUUCCUGGUGGCGUUUGCUGUAUACGUGGGAUUUACACGGGUUUCUGACAACAAACACCACUGGAGUGACGUACUGGUGGGAUUGCUGCAGGGGGCGCUCAUCGCUACCCUCAAUGUCCGAUACGUGUCCGACUUCUUUAAGCAGCGAUCUGCGCCCUGCACGCCAUCGGACGUCCCUGAGAUCCAGUGCCUGGAGCGCAAACCUAACCCUAACCCUCAGCCCAGGCCGGAGCGUCAGCACGGGAACCUCUACAACCUCUCCAGAGCUGUUUAGAUGACAGUCACUGCUGCUGCUGCUGCUCUGUAUUACCCUGCUGCUUCGCCCGUACCACCCGAGGUCAUGUGACCAAACAUUAAGACACUGCAAUAACCACUAGCUGGACUUUCACGCCAGACAUUUCUCUUUUAUGGAAUUCUGCAACAAGAAAACACCCCGGAACAACAAAGAAGUGAUCUGUGUAAGGGGUGUGGAGUGAGUUUUGUGCAGAUGUGUGUAUGUUCAUAUAUACUGAAUACAGUAGAAAUAUGUGUAUUUUUAAAUUUUCUUUUUUCUAUUUUGAGUCCAGGAGAAGGAAGUAAAAGAGGUUACAGGAGAUUUUAAGAAUUUGGCAAUAUAAAAAAAAAAGACAAAAACAUAAGGACUGCAUGUUGUCAAAGUUGUUUUGUUUUUUUCUUUAAGUUUACUUACACUGGAGCAUUGCUUCUAUAAUGUCUGUUCUGUCCACAGUCAGCGGCUAGUUUUGUUUAGGUACAGCUUCCAAAUGCUGUCUGGAUUACACCUACGUACCAUUGGGAACCUAAUAUUCUGGCCGCUAUUUUUUUUUUUAAGAUCUGUCUCUAACACAAAUGUAUAGUCCUAACAUAUUUUUUACUAUUGUGUUUAUAACUAGUUUGUGUAAUAAAUUUGUGCCUUUAGAGAAUGUUAUUACCACUUUGUCAUGUGAUGGUGAUGUUACAGUAAACACUUUUGAAGAGG